CAGCGCUAUAUAUAUCUGCUGGCCGUCAUGGACCCGAUGGACCUCCUGACUGGAAGCUUCCACGACACGAGCGCCUUUGACUCUCACGUCGACGUCAGUGUGCGCCGGGGACCACACAAGACGCUUGCGGACAUCGAGGCGGAGGCCGCAGCGCAGCAGGAAGAGAAGCGCGAGGACAACUCGAGCACUUCCAGCGGCAGCAGCUCGGAGGACGAGCCCGAUCAAGACAUGGACUACCCAACCACACAAGUGCUGGCGCAGGAGGAACGCAUGGGCGAGGAGGUGGCGGAAGCUGAGAAGCAGCCUCCAAUGAGCCCUGCGACCACCCGGUCGCCCGUCAAGGUGAGCGAGUCGCCCGCCAAGGUCCGAUCGUCUCCUGCUAAAGUCCGUUCAUCUCCUGGUAAGGUGCGUUCGUCGCCUGUGAAGGCUCGCUCAUCUCCGGCCAAAGUGCAGUCGUCCCCUGUAAAGGCCCGCUCGUCACCAGCCAAAAUGCGAUCUCCCUUUAAAGCUCGCUCUCCUGCGAAGCUGCGAUCGUCGCCAUUGAAGGCUUCGAAACCUCCUGUUGUUCCCGCCCCCAUUGUAGAGAGACUAACGGAAGCGGAGGAGGCGGCUGAAGACGAGACGCCUGAAGAGUUCCGAGCUGAAGGUGCGGAAGGCAAGUUCACCAAGGUGUUUCCCGCCGUCUCCAAGCUGGUGGAGACCGGUGGGUGGCAGAUUGCCCAAGGUAUGAACACGCUGUUCUGCGCCAUGCCGGGUGUGCAAUUCUUCAACUUUAAGCCCAACAUUAACGUGUUCGACUCGAAGAUCAAGGCUUGCUGGAAGUUCAUUCAGCUCGCGGGCGAGAAAACCGUGGAUAACGAGGAUAAAGAGCUCUGGGAAAUGCUCUGGCCUAUAGUGCAGAAGGAGUUUGGAUGGUUCACUAUGACGUGUGGCGUCGAGACGUGGUACGUCAAGCCCAACACCAAAUUUGAGAACUUCCUACCGAACGAGACAGUUUUCCAGAAUAAAAAGCGUGCUGUGCUGAAAUGUCUGGCCGUUGAAGUGGGUGAAAUUGAACUGGGUGACUCUGCUGAGGGUCACCAGGUCAUUUCCUUCGCACCACGUGUACAGCCGGCACCUGCGUCUGCUCCGAAGAAAGCCAAGACCUCUUUGUUCAAGACCCCGUCGCCAGCCGUGAAGAGUGCUAAACGGGCUACCCCGUCGUCAUCGUCGAGUGCCAAGUUCGUCACUCCUAAGCACGUAUCGCCUGGCCCAGGCUCUUCCAGUGCCAAGCGCAAACUUUCGUCGUCCACAUCUAAGACGUCGAAGAGCUCGUCGUCCAAUAAGAAGGCGAAGACAGCUAAACCCAGCGCGAAGAAAUCCGCAACAAAGAAGAAGAAGAAAGCAGUCGUGGAGGAAGUCAGCAAGGGAGAUGAUUUCAACUUCGUCGCUCCCGAAUUCAGAUGCUCGUUUGGAAUUGUGUACGCAAAACUGCAGGAUGAGGGAUGGUACCACAAGAACGGAGUCUUCGAGUAUGAUUACUUCUCCCCCACGUACACAGAGGCGACCAAGGAGCUUAAUGUCAAUUACUUCCAGUCGCAGGCUGACUUUGAGGAUUUCUUGAAGGUGAGUGGCACGUGGAAGCGCAUCGAGGAUGAACUUCGACAAGAGCACGACCUGGUGGUGGAUGAAGAGCGCGAAAAGGCUCUGGAGAGACACCACCAGCGAUUGGAGCAGCAAGCGGCACGGAAGCGCAACCUUGCACUUUAUGGGCCUCCGACUAAGGUGUUGACGCCUCACGCACCUGCUCCGAAGUCUAAAAAGUCCAAGAAGGCUCCUAAGAAGACUUCCAGUAACCCUCCUCCUUCCUCGCAAAGUCUCUAUCAGGCUGAAGUUGAAGCUGCUGAGGCGGCAGAGGCUGCUGAACUCGAGAAGAGGUUUUCCAGACUGCCCAAGAUGAAAUUUGGUACAGUUUUGAAGAAGCUCAUUGGACGAGGCUGGUAUUACCGACCUGGGCGAUUUGAGUACGACUACUUCAAGCCCAGCGCCAACCCGAAGACAGCCGUGUCUGGUGAAGAUCGUUUCGAGAGUGCCUCUGCUCUGGAGAUCUACUUGAAGACAACUGGACUGUGGGAACAGAUCGCAGAGGAGGUGGCACACGAGGAGCUCGCCAAACACGACGCUCUGGAUCGGGCAGUCAAGCGUAGCAAGCUUGGGUCGCCUCCCCCGGCAUCUCAGUCGCCGAAGCGAUCGCUCAAUGGCGGUGUCCACAAGGAGGACGUGAAGGCGAUCACCAACGAUAUAUGGGCCAACUCGCAUGAGUUCGACUUUAACGAGUAG